CAACCAGCGUUCAAAUGGCUACUCAGGCCCGCCGAGGCGGGGGCCCAGGAAGGACCCAGGGCACCUGCCUGCACUGCUGGCUGGAGAGGGUCCGCGGGAGCCAGGGACCCCUCCCUUCCCUCCCUCCGGGUUUCCGCCUGCGCCCUAAGAAGCCGGCGCCCGGGGAGCAGCGACCCGGGCGCUCUCGGCGGAGGGGAAGAGGGAGGUGGGGAGCGCGGUGAUGUCAGAGAUUGGAAACAGCAGCGCCAGCGCCUCCGCUCCGGGCUCAUCUGACUUGAGUUAGCGACCCCCACCCACCCCGGCGCCUGAAAUAAAGUGUUGGAGACCGGCGCGUUUUCUCCUUUCCGGAUGGAACUUUCCUUGUAGGUGUGCUCCCUCUCCUCCGGGCUGGGAGGAGCGUCCUCGGCCGCCUCCUCUUCUCCGGUCCCCGGGCCCGGCGGGUGCGCGGCGGCGGGUGCGCGGCGCCCGGUGUGCUGCCGCCGUGCGCGCGGGGGCGCUGCGCCGUCCGGGCGGCGCCGGGAUCGCGGGAGUGCCGCAGCUCGCCAGCCGAGGCAGCACGGCUCCGCGGACUUUUCUUCCAACUCCCAUCAAUGAGACUUCGAGAAGGAGCGCGAGGCGACGGCGGCGGCCGCUGAGGCAGGCGAGGAAGGGCCGGGGUCGCCGGAGGAGCUGGAGGAAGUAGCGCGAGCCGCGCGGCGCGCCGGAGCCUGGGGAGCCCCCCGCGCGCCGGCGAUCGGGGCGGCCUGGCCCCCGCCCGCCUUUCCUUCCCCUCUCCUGCCUGGCCCGCCGGGCCCGGCUGCACUGAGCCCCUGCAGCCGGCAGCCGGCGGCCGAGCGACCGGUUGCCGCGCCAGCCAAGUUGGGAUGAGGGCUGGCAGCCACCGCCUGGCGCCCCGGCGGCCACCUGCGUGCUAGAGGGCUGCCACCAGGACCAUGAGCAGCUAAGAUGGACACGUCUGCCUCAGCCGCCACGGAGAAGAAAGAAGGCAAGAGUGCGAUCCCGGAGGGCGCUGCUUUCCCCGACGCGGGCAGGAAGACCUCUGCUCUGGCCGUGGCCGCGGCCGCAGUGGCUGCCCAAGGAGUGCCGCAGCACCUUUUGCCACCGUUCCAUGCUCCCUUACCGAUUGACAUGAGACACCAGGAGGGAAGGUACCAUUACGAGCCUCACUCUGCCCACGGCGUGCACGGGCCUCCUGCCCUGAGUGGCAGCCCCGUCAUCUCUGACAUCUCAUUGAUCCGGCUUUCCCCCCACCCCGCCGGCCCCGGGGAGUCCCCCUUCAACGCCCCCCACCCGUACGUGAGCCCCCACAUGGAGCAUUACCUCCGCGCCAUGCACAGCAGCCCCACGCUCCCCACGAUCUCUGCAGCCAGGGGCCUCAGCCCCGCUGACGUGGUCCAUGAGCACCUUAAGGAGAGGGGGCUGUUUGGCCUCCCCCCGGCAGGCACCAACCCCUCAGACUAUUACCACCAGGUGGCCCUCAUGGCGGGCCACCCCACAUCAUACGGGGACCUGCUCCUGCAGACGGGGGGCGCCACUGGCACCCCCCACCUCCACGACUACCUCAAUCCAGUGGACGUGUCGCGUUUCUCCAGCCCACGGGUGACGCCCCGCCUGAGCCGCAAGCGGGCGCUGUCCAUCUCCCCGCUGUCCGAUGCCAGCCUGGACCUGCAGCGGAUGAUCCGGACCUCCCCCAACUCGCUGGUGGCCUACAUCAACAACUCGCGCAGCAGCUCCGCCGCCAGCGGCUCCUAUGGGCACCUGUCGGCGGGCACCCUCAGCCCAGCCUUCACCUUCCCCCAUCCCAUCAACCCCGUGGCCUACCAGCAGAUCCUGAGCCAACAGAGGGGCCUGGGCUCGGCCUUCGGACACACACCGCCCCUGAUCCAGCCCUCCCCCACCUUCCUGGCCCAGCAGCCCAUGGCCCUCACCUCCAUCAGCACCACGCCCACCCAGCUCAGCGGCAGCAGCAACUGUCUGAACGACGCCAGCCAGAGCAAGCAGAGCAGCGAGUCGGCUGUGAGCAGCACCGUGAACCCCAUCAUCAUCCAUAAGCGCAGCAAGGUCAAGACGGAGGCCGAGGGCCUGCGACCAGCCUCCCCGGUGACCCUGACGCAGGAGCAGCUGGCCGACCUCAAGGAAGACCUGGACAGGGACGACUGCAAGCAGGAGGCGGAGGUGGUCAUCUACGAGACCAGCUGCCACUGGGAGGACUGCACCAAGGAGUAUGACACGCAGGAGCAGCUGGUGCAUCACAUCAACAACGAGCACAUCCACGGGGAGAAGAAGGAGUUCGUGUGCCGCUGGCAGGCCUGCACGCGGGAGCAGAAGCCCUUCAAGGCGCAGUACAUGCUGGUGGUGCACAUGCGCCGGCACACGGGCGAGAAGCCGCACAAGUGCACGUUCGAGGGCUGCUCAAAGGCCUACUCGCGCCUGGAGAACCUGAAGACGCACCUGCGGUCCCACACCGGGGAGAAGCCGUACGUGUGCGAGCACGAGGGCUGCAACAAGGCCUUCUCCAACGCCUCGGACCGCGCCAAGCACCAGAACCGCACCCACUCCAACGAGAAACCCUACAUCUGCAAGAUCCCAGGCUGCACCAAGCGCUACACGGACCCCAGCUCUCUCCGGAAGCACGUGAAAACCGUGCACGGCCCAGACGCCCACGUCACCAAGAAGCAGCGCAACGACGUGCACCUCCGCGCCCUGUUGCUCAAGGAGAAUGGGGACCCCGAGGCCGGCACUGAGGCCGGCGGCCAGCGCUCCGAGGAGAGCGCCGAGGCCAGCAGCACCAGCCAGUCCGCUGAGGACUGCCUGCACGUCAAAGCCAUCAAGACCGAGAGCUCCGGGCUGUGCCAGGCCAGCCCUGGGGCCCAGUCAUCCUGCAGCAGCGAGCCCUCUCCCUUGGGCAGUGCCCCCAACAAUGACAGCGGGGUGGACAUGCCGGGGACGGGGCCUGGAAGCUUGGGAGACCUGACAGCGCUGGAUGACACGCCCCCGGGGGCCGACACCUCAGCCCUGGCCGCCCCUUCCGCCGGCGGCCUGCAGCUGCGCCAACACAUGACCGCCAUGCACCGGCUAGAGCAGCUCAAGAGGGAGAAGCUCAAGUCACUUAAAGAUUCCUGCUCGUGGACCGGGCCAGCUCCACACCCCCGGAACCCCAAGUUGCCUCCCCUCCCGGGAAGCGGCUCCAUCCUGGAAAACUUCAGCUGCGGUGGGGGCGGCCGGCCGCCGGGGCUGCUGCCCAACCCGCGGCUGUCCGAGCUGUCGGCCAGCGAGGUGACGGUGCUGAGCCACCUGCAGGAGCGCCGCGACAGCUCCGCCAGCACGGUCAGCUCGGCCUACACCGUGAGCCGCCGCUCCUCCGGCAUCUCUCCCUACUUCUCCAGCCGCCGCUCCAGCGAGGCCUCGCCCCUGGGCGCUGGCCGCCCUCCCCAGGCCAGCUCGGCGGACUCCUACGACCCCAUCUCCACGGACGCGUCCCGGCGCUCCAGCGAGGCCAGCCAGGGCAGCGGGGUGGGCACGGGCCCGCUCAGCCUGACGCCCGCGCAGCAGUACAGCCUGCGAGCCAAGUACGCGGCGGCCACGGGCGGGCCGCCCCCCACGCCGCUGCCAGGCCUGGAGCGCGGGAGCCUGCGGGCCCGGCUGGCUCUGCUGGAUGCAUCAGAGCGCGUGUUGGGGCCCCGGCGAGGCAGUGGGGGGCUGGCCUAUGGCCACGCAGGGCCUGCACCCGCCUUCCCCCACGAGGCAUGCGGCAGCGGGGCGCGGCGGGCCAGUGACCCAGUGAGGCGGCCGGACGCCCUGGCUCCGCCGCGGGUGCAGCGCUUCCUCAGCGCCCACGAUGUGAACCCCGGCCCGCUGCAGCCCUGCGCGGCCGAGAGGCGCGGCCUCCACCUGCAGGGUCCCGCCGGCGCUGAGGGCAGCCUAGCCCGCGGCACCUACUCCCCCCGGCCACCCAGCAUCAGCGAGAACAUGGUGAUGGAAGCCAUGGCGGUGGGGACAGAUGGGGCAGGGCCUGAGGGCGCGCUCCUGCUGCCCGAGGACGACCUGGUGCUGCCCGACGACGUGGUGCAGUACAUCAAGGCACAUGCGGGCACCCUGGGCGACAGCGCCCUGCAGGCAUAUCCCCCCGAGAGCUCCUGCUUCCCUGAACAGCCCAAACUGCCCAGCCCGGGGCUGCAGGGCCAGCGCAGGAUGGUGGCUGCGGACUCCAACAUGGGCCCCUCCACCGCUGGGCUGGGAGGCUGCCAGCUGGGCUACGGCGCCCCCUCUGGCCCGAGCAAAAGCAGCAUGCCUGUGCAGUGGAAUGAGGUGAGCUCUGGCACCAUGGACGCCCUGAGCAGCCAGGGGAAGCCUCCGCCUGUUCUGCAGGGCAACCUGGCUGUGGCGCAGCAGAAGCCGGCCUUCGGCCAGUACCUGGGCUACGGUGCACAGGGCGUGCCGCCGAGCCCUCGGGGUCUGGGCAGCACGCAGCCACACCUGCGGCCCUGCAGCGGAGCCCCCUCCGGGCCCAGGGGGAAUCAUAUGCAGCAGCUGCGGCAGGCGGGGGGCCAGUGUCCCAGCAUGACCACCACAGCGAGCCCCCAUGCCAGCUAUGGCCAAGGCCACCCCCAGCUGAGCUCCAGCACCAUGGGCGGGGCCCUGAAUCCAUUCCCCGCAUCCUGCAGCAACCUGGCAGCCAAGCCCGGUCACCUGGGGCUGCCCCAGCAAAUGGAAGUUGUUCCCGACCCCUCCAUGAUGGGUAGUAGACGCAGGGAACUUGGGGCCCCCAAUGCCACCCUGGCCGGGAUGGCACCACUUCAUGCAGCCCAGAGCUACCCACAGCAGAGCCAUCACCUGGCAUCCCCCAUGAGCCAGGAGGGCUACCACCAGGGCCCCAGUCUUCUGCCUUCCCACCAGCCCGGCUUUCUGGAGCUGCAGCAGGCCUCAGGGGGGCUGGCUGGACCCGGCUUUGGCCUAGUGCAACCCCGGCCACCUCCUGAGCCCAGCCCUGCUGGCCGCCACCGUGGGGUACGUGCUGGGCAGCAGCUGGCCUAUGCCAGGGCCGCUGGCCAUGCCAUGGCUGCUGUAUCAGCCAACCAGGAGAUGGCAGAGUCUGUGCCCAAGGGAGCGAUGGGCACUAUGGCAUCCUUGCCUCCUCAGCUGCCCCCACAGGACACGGGUGGAGCCCAGGACCACAACAUGCUUUACUAUUAUGGCCAAAUCCACAUGUAUGAACAGAAUGGAGGCCUGGAGAACCACGUAGGCUGCCAGGUCAUGAGGCCCCAACCGCCGCAGCCACAGGCCUGCCCGGAGGACCUCCAGCCCCAGCCCUUGUCCUCACCAGGCGUCAACCAGGUGUCCAGCACUGUGGACUCCCAGCUGCUGGAGGCCUCCCAGAUCGAUUUCGACGCCAUCAUGGAUGAUGGUGAUCAUUCGAGCUUGCUCUCAGGCGCCCUGAGCCCCAGCCUCCUCCAUAGCCUCUCCCAGAGCUCCUCCCGCCUCACCACCCCCCGGAGCUCCCUGACUCUGCCCUCCGUCCCCACGGGCACCAGCAACAUGGCCGUCGGGGACAUGAGCUCCAUGCUGACCAGCCUGGCCGAGGAGAGCAAGUUCCUCAACAUGAUGACCUAAGGCCCCGGCCCUGGUGGAGGGGACCCCGAGGAAUCCUUUCCAGAGUGGGGUGUCAUCCAUUUUGUCUUUUUCCAAAAAAGUAUUACUAGGCCUGGGGUGGGGGGAGGGUGCUGUGGUUCAGACCACAAUGCUUUAAGGCAAGUUUACGUGCACCCUGUCUGGUCUUCUUUGGGGUUACUUUUGGAACACUGACCAAACCUCAGCAGGAAGGCUCGUUUACACAGUGCUCACGCCUCCGGUGUUUAGGGGACCACUCUGCUGCGGCUCCUUCGCCCGUCACAGAGGGGUCCCACCGGCCAGGGCUUUCCAAGUACACGAGGAAAAGGGCAGAGGAACACAUUUGGGUUUGAAUCAAAGCCGUACUGGAUGUUGUAAUCCAGGAAGAUGAGCUUCUAUGCCGAUCCUGCAAGGAGGAGGAGUUGCUGGCCCCGGAAUCCUCCCGCAAGCUGGCCGUGAGGCCGCUACCGCCCUGGUCGGAGGAAAGAGUUUACCCAGGUGACUCAGGCACAUCCUGAUUCUAGGGGGGUGGAGCCGGCAUCUCUACCCACAGAGCCAGGCGUGCACCUGGCACACGGCCCGCGUGUACAGAAUGAAUAAAGGACGGAAGUUGCCAGAAAAGGGAAAGAAGACACGGUGACGCUCGGGGUGCUCAGAGGCGGCGGGCCUCCAGGCGUGUUUACAGCGUCCACGCGUGUAAACGUGGCCCUCCCUGAAAGGAACACUCCCUUCUGAAUGCCCCGGGGCUGCUGGAGCCGCUGCGGCCACGGAUGACCGAGGGGCCCACGCGUGGACGGACCUUUAGGACGUGAGUGCACAGGGCCCAGCCUCGGGCGCCUGGCGUAGGAAGAGUCACAUGUUUACCCAGCCCUGUUUCCCCAGGGCACUGCCCGCCCACUCUGCCCCAGGCCCUGAUGGCCGCCUCUCCAGGUGCCUCCAGCCACGCUGCCCACUCUCCAGCAGCCCGGGGUCCCUGCCGAGUCCCGGCACCCCUGGAUCCCCUCCCUCUGCCUCUGCCCUCAUUCGUUCCAGAGAAUGAUGAUGUGCAUGGCGUCUUGGGGGGAGGCGGAGGGGGGCGGGAGGGGAAGGAGGUGCUUCCUCCUCCAGGUGGGAUUUGGAACUGGCAUCAGGAGACAUUCCUGAACAUAGUAGGAUGAGUGGGUGCAUCCUCCCCAGCACCAGCCCCACACCUUCCCCGUGUUGAAUUCGUGGCAUCCUUGCCAAAACCAACGGUACCACUAGGAGCUUGAUACUGACUGUGACCUUACCCGGGUCCGCUGCGUCCCAGAACACCCAGGGCUUUGUUAGGCUCCAGGAAAGGCCAAGUCCAAAUCACAGCCCCGGGGUCUGGGCUCUGGUGGUCAUCCAUUCCCUGAGCUAAGAUGUCACACCAUUCCACCCUGUAUAUAGUCUGUACAGAAGACAUCGCCCUGAAAAUACUGUAGGUGAGUCCUCCAGCCAAGUUUAUAUCUCCAAAACAUUUUUAGCUUUUUCUACCUGCUAUGGAUUGAGAUGACAUGCUCAACUUGUAAAUAAGUCCUUUUGUACAUUAAAAAAGUAAUUUUUUCAUAAUUUAUUUUGUCUCCCUGCUUCCUCCUUGACACAGUUAAUGAGGACC